AUGGCUACCUUGUCUAUGACAGCCAAAAAUUUAACAACUGAUCAAUCAGCCCUUCUUCAAUUCAAAGCACAUAUCACUUCUGAUCCUUACAAUGUGCUGGCGUAUAACUGGUCCAUUUCUAAUCCAAUUUGCAGCUGGGUUGGUAUUUCUUGUAAUGCUCGCCAUGAAAGAGUCAGAGUCUUGAACCUUUCAUUCAUGGAUCUCGGUGGUACCAUCUCUCCACACCUAGGCAAUCUCUCAUUCCUAGUGAAUCUCGAUCUUAGUUACAACAAUUUCCAUGGCCAUCUGCCAAAUGAACUGGGACAAUUACGCCGAUUGAGAGUCUUUUCUGUCGGUAAUAAUAGAAUAAGUGGAGUUAUUCCGGGGUUUAUCGGUCUCUUAUCCAAACUCCAAAUCCUGAACCUCGAAUAUAAUAAUUUCACAGGUACCAUCCCAGAUGUUCUCUUCAAUGUAACUACGCUAGAGGUCUUGUGGGCAAUCGACAAUAAUAUUCAAGGAAGCAUUUCACCAGAGAUUGCAAAGCUCACCAGGCUGAAAAUUUUCUAUAUGGCAAUUAACUUCCUCUCGGGCUCCAUACCUUGGAGUAGCAUCUUCAACAGUUCCUCGCUACAAUGGUUUAGUUUAACCUACAAUUUUUUGUCUGGCAGUCUGCCGGAUGGUCUCUGUAAUCGUCUUCCAAAACUUGAAUGGCUAAUUCUAUCUUAUAAUGGACUUUCUGGCAGUCUGCCGGAUGGUCUCUGUAAUCGUCUUCCAAAACUUGGGAAACUAAAGGCUCUAAUCUUGGAUUAUAAUCCACUGCAUGGCGUCAUACCACUUUCAAUCGGCAAUUUAUCUGAAACUCUUGAGAAUUUUUCUGCAAGCAACUGCAAGAUCAAUGGCAGCAUUCCUGCUGAGGUGGGUAACUUGCAUAGCUUGAUAAUUUUAGAUCUUUCGCAAAAUGACUUGAACGGAUUUAUUCCAACAACGAUGGGAAAUUUGCGGAAUCUCCAAGGAAUACAGAGUUUGAAGGUCUUGAGAAAACUAGAUUUGUCAAAAAAUCUCUUAUUUGAAGGAGCCAUACCCAGCACAUUUGGGGCAUUGAUAAGCUUGGUAUCCUUGGAUCUCCCUAACAAUAGUCUUUCAGGUGAAAUUCCCAAAUCAUUGGAGGCUCUCACCUAUCUCAAAAACUUUAAUGUCUCUAUAAAUAAUUCACAGGGGGAGAUUCCUAGCAAAGGUCCUUUCAAAAACUUUUCUACUCAAUCCUUCUUGUUAAAUCACACAUUGUGCGGUUUGCCAAGGCAAGGGGUUCCUUGUUGCAUUGUUGACACCAUCAAAAGAUCAAAAACACUGGUAAUGAAAUACAUUUUGCCUUCAGUUCUCCUAGUUUUAGUGACAGUGAUUGUAACCUUUCUCUUCAUCAAGUGUUAUUAUAGAAGAAAACAUUCUCCAGUUGACCAAGUUGAUUCAUUACCUUUAGCAACAUGGAGAAGAACAUCAUAUAUGGAAAUUCAACAAGCCACUGAUGAUUUUAGUGAGUGCAACUUGCUUAGUAUUGGUAGCUUUGGUUCAGUAUUCAAAGGGACACUUUCAGAUGGAACUAUAGUUGCAAUAAAGACCUUUAAUUUGCAAGAAGAGAGUGUCCUUGGAAGCUUUGAUUCUGAAUGUGAAGUAUUGCGCAACAUUCAUCAUUGA